CGUGGUUGAAGCUAACGUUAACGGUAGUAACUGGAUCUUUGCACGCAGCUCCACCUUGAAGUUGAACUUUAUCAAUGAAUCUUACAGUUAUAAUCUCAGGCUGUAGAUGUGAUUCCCAACACUGACUCACACCACUGGCUAUCAUGUCCAAAGGUGUUGCUCUGAUCACCGGCGCUGGCCAAGGCAUCGGCUGUGCAAUUUCGAUUCGGCUGGCUGCCGAUGGCUUCGACAUUGGACUCAGUGAUAUUCCUACCAACAAGUCUAAUCUUGAGGAGGUCGCACGGGAGAUAAGGAGUACUUACGCAGGACGAAAAGUCUGCGUGCUUCUUGCAGAUGUCACAGUCGAGGAUGAUGUUCGUAACAUGGUGGACGACGCCGUGACUAAUCUCGGUGGUCUGGAUGUCAUGGUCGCAAACGCCGGUAUCGCUGUAGCUGCAUUAUUGGUUGAAACUACAUUGGUAGACUGGGAGAAGAUCUUUGCCGUCAAUGUUAGGGGCGUGUUCUUGAGCUACAAAUACGCCGCUCAAAAGAUGAUUACAUUGAAUGAAACUAACAAACGAGGUCGACGCAUCAUUGGUGCCAGCUCCAUAGCAGGGAAAAAAGGUGAUGAAUACUUUAGCGCGUACUCUGCUUCCAAGUUUGCUGUCCGAGGCCUUACACAGUCUGUUGCUAUCGAACUUGGACGCCACGGCAUCACCGUAAAUGCCUAUGCUCCAGGAGUAAUCAUGACUGACAUGAUCAACGGCCUGAGUGAGGCAAGCAUAAAGCUGACAGGAUCAUCUAACCUUGAUAGUUAUUUCGAAAAGAUUAAGAAGAACAUGUGUCUUGGGUAUAUGGGGGCUCCAGAUGACGUUGCGGGACUGGUCUCUUACAUUGCCUCCACAGAAUCUCAUUUUAUCACAGGACAAAGUAUCACGAUCGAUGGUGGAAUGCGCUUUGAUUAAAUCGUGUUUGUGUGGGGAGGAAGGCUUACAUAUGCUAAAGCCUGCGGGUGUAUCAUCUCUUGUACAAUAAAUCUCCGCCUUAGCGGCGACUGCCAGCAAUCACCCAUCAAUGUUUCAACGCCAAACUACUGCUAUUCAGAAACAUACUCAUCU